CUUUGAUGGAGCGUACCAAUAGUCCAGGGUGAGAUGGGGGUGGGCUUACAGUGAAACGAGGAUUCCAUUAUGUGCUACAGCUAUGGAGCAGAACUUUUCGUGGAAUGGAACUGAAUAGGUGGUUUGAAGCUUCACAGAUGAUGGAACAACUGUCAUGUCUUUGGGCCGCCUUCUUCGUCGUGCUUCCUCCAAGGCCUCUGACUUCCUGACACUAGGUUCUGGGGGAGGAACAUCCUCCGUAUUGGAUGGGGAAAUUAUUUUCUCCAAGAACAAUGUUUGUGUGCAUCCCCCAGAGCUGCUGCAGGAUGUGGGAUCCCAUCACCCUGGGUACCUGUGUGUGUACAUGGAGAAAGAUGAGCUUUUGGGUACCACCUUAAUCCUGGCCUGGGUCCCAAACGCCCGUAUCCAGCGGCAGGAUGAAGAGGCUCUGCGUUAUAUCACUCCUGAGAGUUCUCCUGUCCGCAAAAACCCACGUAAGAGAAACCGCCAACCUCCAGGCUCUGCUCCCACCACAUGUAACAGACCUGCAGUUAUCUCCAAAGAGGAUCCAGGGAGAGACAUUCAUUUCCCUCUUGAGCAGGACCCUUCUUAUGGCUCCACAGAGGGUGUUGAGGAAGUUACAGAGCAGGGGGAAGAUGAAAGGUCUCUAGACUUAUCUUCAGAUGAAGUGAGUAAGGACAGCACCUUAGACUCAGAUUCUGAUGCCUUUUCCUCACCAUUUUGCCUGUCUCCAAUUAGCGAGGCCUUGGGGGAAAGCAGCAGCUCUGCAUUUUUGGAAAAUGAAAAUCGGGAUGAGAGUAACAGUCAUAUGAGCAGCUAUGUUUUUUGCCUGAAUGCCAACUCUCAGCUGCUGGAGAACAAUGGGCAAGGUGUCCCUGCAAGGUGGGAGGAACAGCAGAAGCUUUUGGCACUGGAGCACACGUGUGGGGUUUUCCGAGUGGACCUGGGUCAGAUGCGCUCACUUCGACUCUUUUUCAGCGAUGAGGCCUGUACCAGUGGGCAGUUAGUAGUAGCCAGCAGAGAGAGUCAGUACAAAGUCUUCCAUUUCCAUCACGGUGGCCUGGGGAAGCUGACCGAAGUGUUUCAGCAGUGGAAGUACUGCAGAGAGAUCCAACUCAAGGAGCAGCAGGUUACAGAGGACAAGACUUGUCUCCACUUCUCUAUCCAGAGGCCAAACUUGCCUUCUUCAGAGUCUCAUCCCGAGGAAGGUAUGUACCGCCGUCUUGAUGUCACCAGCUGGUUGGAACACCUGAAUGAGGGUGGACAAGUUGAAGAGGAAUACAAAUUGCGCAAGCUCAUAUUUUUUGGAGGGAUUGAUCCCUCCCUGCGGGGAGAAGUGUGGCCUUUCCUCCUGGGAUACUACCCUUGGGAAACCACUUCAGAGGACAGGGAAGCACUGCGUGUGCAUCGGAGAGAAGAAUAUUCCCAGAUCCAGAAGAAAAGAGUUUCCAUGAGCCCCACUGCCCAAAAAGAUUUCUGGAGGAACGUGCAAUUCAUAGUGGAUAAGGAUGUGGUGAGAACAGAUCGCAGCAAUCAAUUCUUUCGCGGGGAAGACAAUCCAAAUGUGGAAUCCAUGAGGAGGAUCCUACUAAAUUAUGCCGUGUACAGCCCGGGAGUUGGUUAUUCACAAGGUAUGUCAGACCUAGUGGCCCCCAUACUGGCAGAAGUCCUGGAUGAGUCUGACACGUUUUGGUGUUUUGUUGGUCUGAUGCAGAACACAAUAUUUAUCAGCUCACCAUGUGAUGAAGAUAUGGAAAAGCAGCUGAUGUACCUUCGAGAGUUAUUGCGACUGGUGCACCCACAUUUUCAUCAGCACCUUCUAUCUCUGGAUGAAGAUGGGCUCCAGAUGUUGUUCUGCCAUCGCUGGAUCUUGCUUUGCUUCAAAAGGGAAUUCCCAGAUUCUGAAGCUCUGAGGAUGUGGGAAGCAUGUUGGGCCCAUUACCAGACGGAUUAUUUCCAUCUCUUCCUAUGUGUCGCCAUUAUCUUUCUGUAUGGAGAUGAUGUUAUUGAGCAGCAGCUGCCAACAGACCAGAUGUUGCUGCAUUUCAGUAACUUGGCAAUGCACAUGAAUGGAGAGCUUGUCCUUAGAAAGGCACGGAGUUUGCUAUAUCAGUUUCGUCUGUUACCCAGGAUUCCCUGCAGCCUACAUGACUUAUGUAAACUGUGCAGCCCAGGCAUGUGGGAUAGUGGCUACAUUCCGCCUGUUGAGUGCACUGGUCAACACCCCGAGUCUGAGAACUGCCCAUAUGGAGGUACCAUGGAAAAACCAUCCCCUAAGCAUCCAAAGGACGGCAAGAAGGGACAUAAAACACUUGAUAUGUUUACCUUCAAGAAAUAGAAAUGGUGUAGGAUAGCGGAUUGGAUUCUGAACCUUCUGUCCAAGCAUUACAUUCCAGUACCAAUAAAACACAAGUUCAGCCUCAGGCAACCACCAUCUGGAGACUGGAUUUGCCCUCUAUGUCAAUUAGAUUUUACCUUUUCAUUAUUAUUAUGGUUUAGUGUCUCCAGACAGGCCAGGUAUGUGGCACAGAAUUGCAGUGCACCUUUGUUCUGCAAAGUCGCUGAGAGGCAACAUGGUUCUCAUAGGAUCGGUUUGUGCUUUUUUAAUAAUAGCCUUUUUUUUUAAAUACACAGGGAGGUAUAUUACUAGCCCUGCAUAUUUCUACCCCUAUCAAAAAAUAAUACUAUAUAAGUGAGUGAUAAAUUCCCCCCCCCCAAUUCAAUACUGUAUGUAGAAAUACUCACUCCACAACUAUGCAGCCGACCAUUACUGGACUUAAUGGCCCUUAUAGAUGAUUCUGGUGAUGAUGCAAAUGAAUUAUGGACUGUGGACAUGCAAAGUCCUAGCAAAAAAUAUCACAUGGGAGGGACAGGAGUUACCCAUGAUUUUAUGGAAAAAACCUUCAGACCUGGAGCAAGUGAAAAUGUCUGAAAGAAUUUGGAAUCUGGCCAUUGAGCCAUUACCAGUGGAGUGCAAUCCUCCCCUGCCCCUGUCUUUCUAUGCAAGGGAAUUGUGUAGUAGAAACAGUCCAGACAGGACUUUCACUGAUCAUGGUUUCUAGUAAAAUAAUUUCUCUAUUC